UUGGAGGGUGUGAGGGGAAUGAGUCCAUCAAAGGGGGGUGGGGGGUUCUCUCUGGAUGACAAUUUGUCAUCCACAAAGUGCUAUUAGCACAUCUGGCACAUCUGCAACAUCACCGGCCGGAUGGCCACCACACCAGCAGGAAGGAAAUUAUACAGCCCUCACUUUCUGUCUCCAGCAGGCUACUCUUUCCAGCAACCACCCACCACGACCAGUCCAGGAGUGAAUCCUAGCAUCCACAGCCCGGCCUCUUCCUUAUCACCCACCACUAAGUGUACUGAGUUCUAUUGGGGUGAUCCCAGGAAAGUGGGCUCUAAAGUGACUGAAUCUGAUGGCAGCUAUUAUUAUCGAGGCCCAGGCUCUGGAACACGUACAUUCAUCACCCACAGCAGACUGAGGAGCAGGAACUUCAUCAAAGGAGAUGACGCCUUCUCCCUCUUCAGUCUGGAUGCGUCUCCACUACAAACCAGGUUCAGGUGA